GAGAGAGAGACGGGCAGAUAACCUGACUGAGAAGACUCGCAAGAAAUAAAGACCAUGAGAUGUAAGAUUGAGGCAAAAAAAUCAGUGAUGGUGUUUUGCAGCUCUGAAGUCAGGGUGCAGGCCAGCUGCUGUUUUGCGGUUUGUUCCUGAGGUUAUGCCUGACAGUAACUUGAGCCGUGUGCGCAGGCUGAUAAAAUGUGGAUUAAGCAGGAAGGAGAAACUAGAGGGGGCAGCAAGAAGCAUAGCUGUGACGGCUCACUCGUGUCCCUCAAGGACCCAGAUCUUCAUUAGACAAAACCGUCCAUGAAAAAUUCCUUCAUUUUCAGAUAGUGACCCGUCCCAUCCUCACUUAGAGAAGGACCCAGAGACUUGCUCCAUUGUCUCUGUCUAGCGACCAGGCAGAGAAGAGUAUGCUAGACAAGGCAUCAGCUGUUGUAUGGUGACCGGAGACGAGGCCUGCUUUAUGAAUGGUUCUUUUACGGAUACAUCACAGACCUGGAGUCAGAGAUACCACCGUGUACUUUGCUUGACUAAAGAAUGAAUCCGUCACAAUGUUCUGCUUUCACACCUGUCACAGAAGACUGUGUUUUCUUUAAAUCUCCAAAGCCACCAAACAUCAGUAACAGCAGCAACAUGAACCAGGAAAGAGAUGGUGGAAAGCUAUUUGGAUGCAGCUAAACCUUAACAUAUCUGUCCUGGAAGUCUAGCUGGACGUCCUGUCACAGCUGGUAUCUGCCCUGAGCAUCAUUAGCGGCAAGCAUCAUGUCAGAGCUGGAGGACUAUUCCCCUCCCAGGGGCCACCCACAUCCCGACCCGGCUCGAAUCCAGCAGAACCUUCUGGAGGAACAAGUGGAGCUUUGGUGGUUCAGCGAACCACGCAAAUCCUUAUUAUGCUACUGCGCUUCAGUGUCCCUGAUCUUAGGCUGCGGUUUGGGUGGUGUAGGCCUGCUCUCCACCACCACCAGCCUUUCCAGCGAGUGGAGGUUGGGAGCCGGGACGGUCCUUUGCCUUCUCGCCCUGGCCGUUCUACUGAAGCAACUGCUGAGCUCUGCCGUCCAGGACAUGAACUGCGUACGCAGCAGACGGCGGAUAAACAUGCUAAAGAGCGGGGGCUUGUCCGACAUUCUGGUCAUGUUGAUCACGGGAAUCUCUUUGGUUAUUUGUGGGGCCGUGCUCCUGAAUGUGGCUCUGGCCUACCACAUGCCCAAACCUGGCAAGGCUUUGAAUGACAUGUUCAUAUCCGGGGUGGUGUUGUUGGCGGGCGGGGGUUUUACAGUGUUAGCGGUCGGAGUUUAUUCCACAGUGGUUUUCCUUUUAGAGAGGACAGGCCCGGGACAGAGGAGGUGGGAGAGGACAGUGGGAAUCUUCACCAUUUCAGGCCAAAUGCAGGCAAGGAGAGAGACAGCUUCAAGCCUGGCGCGUCUGAUUUAAUAGUGUGGCUACAUAAUUUAUAUGGCAUUCUUGAUAAACUUGAAAUAAGACACUGAACUUUGCAGUCUUAGGGCAAUAAAAAAGCCUUCGGUGAAACUUUGCACUCAUUACACUACUGCACAAAUCACACGAGACAUUUACAAUUACAUCCAACGAACAGGCUGAAGGUUACAAGCAUAAAACCACGGAGGGUUCAGGCCCAAACAUUUUGUUUAUGCAUCACUGUACAACGAAGGAAGUACAGAAAAGAGCACAAAUUUAAUCAUUAACACAUUGAUUUUGGUAAAAAUUGCUUUCUAACAUUCACUGCCUCCAGCAUUAUUUGACAAUACUGUGUGUGUCCUUCACAGCUUUAUUUAUGUGGGCAAAACUGAGCAAGCCAAGUGUCCAUCUAGGGAUGUAUUUAGCUUUCCAUGGGAUUUAAUGUUUGCGUGAAUGAGUGGAUCACGACUGUCGGGACUGGGAAUUUAUACUACAACUUUGUUCUGUGUGCAGGCAACACUAAGAAUAAAAUAAAGGAUAUGAAUGUAAAUCUGCAGGAUAUGAUAUA